CUGCCGCCAAGCCCCCACGGAUCGAUCCUGAUCACAACGAGGACCAAAAAGGUUGCUAGAAGGCUAACAGGCGACUAUAAGAACAUCAUCAAAGUUCCACCAAUGGACAAGGGCCACGCACUUGCAUUGCUCAUGAGAAAGACCGGCAGCCAGCCCGAUAUAGAGAAUGGCGCGGCGCUGGUGGAGGCCCUUGAAUAUAUGCCUCUGGCCAUCAGUCAGGCUGCGGCAUAUAUACAACAGCGGGCACCGCGAACUUCCAUCGGGAAGUAUUUAGAAGAGUUCCGGAAGAGUGAGCGACAGAAGGUCAGCCUUUUGAACUGGGACGAGGAGAGCCUACGGCGAGACUGCAACGCAUCGAAUUCGGUGAUUCAAACUUGGCAGAUCUCGUUUGAUGCUAUCCGAUCAGAGCAGCCAUCAGCAGCUGAUCUGCUCUCGCUGAUGAGUUUUUUCGACCGCCAGGGAAUCCCAGAAUCGCUGGUGCGGCCGCCUGCCAAUAUUGUGACUGCGCAGCGCUUUGAAGAUAACCUAGCGAUGCUUCGAAACUACUGCCUCAUAUCCUUAAACAAGACAGGGGACGUCUUUGAGAUGCACAACCUUGUGCAACUAGCUACGAGGAAAUGGCUAAGCGUCUAUGAAAGAACAGAGAUGUUUAAGGAACAAUUCAUCAGUCGGAUAGCGCACGAAUUUCCAACAGGAGAUUAUAGCAACUGGGCCACCUGUCAAACGCUAUUUGCACAUGUGGAAGGGGCAAUUCAUCACCGUCCGAAAGGUGAAAAGCAGCUAGAGGAGUGGGCGCAGGUCCUGUACAAUGGCAGCUGGUAUGCACGGGGGCAAGGUAGAUACAGCUUGGCGGAGACAAUGGCUAAAAAGUCGCGGGAUGCUAGGAUAGAGACACUGGGAGAUCAGCAUGAACUAACUUGGCAUAGUAUAUCAAUGGUUGGCACAAUCUUUCGGGAUCAAGGGAGAUAUAAGAAAGCCGAGAAGCUGGAUGUGGAAGUGAUGGAGAUGAGCAAGCAGAAACUCGGGCCUGCCCAUCUAGACACGCUUACUAGCAUGGCUAGCCUAGCUUUCACCUGGCACUCGCAAGAAAGCACUGCUAAUGCUAUCGACUUGAUGAAUUCGUGCGUCCAACUCCGCCGUCAAGUAUUAGGACCGGAGCAUCCAGACACCUCUUCGUCCAUUAAAACCUUAAACACUUGGCGUGCCGAGUAA